AGCUUUAAAGAGAGACGGGGAACAUUGAGAGACGUCGGUCACCACUGCAAAGAGAGUCAUUAUCGCUGCUCUCGCCAAGCGCGUCGAAUCUGCUGCUUCGAAGGCGGAGCUUGGCUAGUGUGGCUAAAGAAAGAUGGCGUCGGUCUGGGAUGAAGCGGAGGAUGGGAUCGGCGAGGAGGUCCUCAAGAUGUCCACGGAAGAGAUCGUGCAGAGGACCCGCCUGCUGGACAGCGAAAUCAAGAUCAUGAAGAGUGAGGUGCUGAGAGUAACCCAUGAGCUGCAAGCCAUGAAAGAUAAGAUCAAAGAGAACAGUGAGAAGAUAAAAGUAAACAAAACACUGCCAUAUCUUGUUUCCAAUGUCAUAGAGCUGCUAGAUGUUGAUCCCAAUGACCAAGAGGAGGAUGGAGCAAAUAUUGACCUUGAUUCUCAAAGGAAGGGCAAGUGUGCUGUGAUCAAGACCUCUACUCGUCAGACUUAUUUCCUGCCUGUGAUUGGGUUGGUUGAUGCUGAAAAACUGAAGCCUGGAGAUCUGGUGGGAGUGAACAAGGACUCUUACCUGAUUCUGGAGACCCUGCCCACAGAAUAUGACUCACGGGUCAAAGCCAUGGAGGUGGACGAGAGGCCUACAGAGCAGUACAGUGAUAUUGGGGGACUGGAUAAACAGAUCCAAGAGCUGGUAGAAGCGAUUGUCUUGCCAAUGAAUCAUAAAGAAAAAUUUGAAAACCUGGGUAUCCAGCCUCCUAAAGGGGUCCUCAUGUAUGGACCUCCAGGAACAGGAAAGACACUUUUAGCAAGAGCAUGUGCUGCACAGACAAAGGCUACAUUCUUGAAGCUGGCUGGCCCACAGCUGGUGCAGAUGUUCAUUGGAGAUGGAGCCAAAUUAGUGCGAGAUGCCUUUGCAUUAGCCAAGGAGAAAGCACCUUCUAUCAUCUUUAUUGAUGAACUUGAUGCCAUUGGCACAAAAAGAUUUGACAGUGAAAAGGCUGGUGAUCGGGAAGUACAGAGGACCAUGUUGGAAUUGCUGAACCAGCUUGAUGGGUUCCAACCUAACACACAAGUCAAGGUGAUUGCUGCGACUAACCGUGUGGAUAUCCUAGAUCCUGCUCUACUCCGUUCAGGACGACUGGAUCGUAAGAUUGAGUUUCCAAUGCCCAAUGAGGAGGCUAGAGCCAGGAUUAUGCAGAUCCAUUCACGCAAGAUGAAUGUCAGCCCUGAUGUGAAUUAUGAAGAGCUGGCUCGUUGCACAGAUGACUUCAACGGGGCACAGUGCAAGGCUGUGUGUGUGGAAGCGGGGAUGAUUGCCUUACGGCAUGGAGCUACAGAGCUUACCCAUGAAGAUUAUAUGGAAGGAAUCUUGGAAGUCCAGGCCAAGAAGAAAGCCAAUCUACAAUAUUAUGCCUGAUUCUUGCACCUGAAGCUUAUUAUUCAGGCUUUGGCUGAGAAAACCAGGAUCAAGAGUUGGAUCUGGAACUUUCUUACUUUCUAUUAUUACCUGAUGGGCUAAAAUAAAGCAUUUGCUUUGACUAAGGCAGCUGUUAUGUUGCUACACCUUGAAGAAAAAGAAUUACCUUCGUGGAAUGGUACCCUUAUGCAUGUAUGAGGCAUAUGUCUUCUUUUUAACCCCUUAAAAACACCAAAAUUUGCACAAAGAA